AUGUCAAAAAAUGCCCGUACCAAGCUCACCAAAGCUGUGCUUGGCAUCGACACCAACGCUCGCUAUGCCCAUCAACCGAAAGAUCUGGAGGAGCGUGCACGUGCGGUGCUUGGAUCGGCUACCGCCUAUAUAGAAGAGGAACCAACUGUCGCGGAGUGGCUCAGAGAAUUGGUUCCGACCAGGGCGGGGGUAGCGCAUUAUCUCAGAACCCUAUUCCCGCCUCUGUUUUGGAUUCCGCGCUACAAUUGCAGGUGGCUGCUCGGGGAUGCUGUCGCUGGCAUCACUAUUGGUUUGGUCGUCGUCCCACAAGCUAUGGCCUAUGCGGUUCUCGCCAACCUUACUCCAGCAUACGGCCUCUACACGUCCUUUACUGGUGCCGUCUUGUACUGGGUCUUUGGGUCUUCGAAAGAUAUUGUCAUUGGGACUACAGCAGUUGGAUCCCUGCUUGUCGGUCAAGUUGUGAAUCGCGUCCAAGAGCAGCCAGGCACGGACUUUGACGCCCAAGAAAUCGCACACACACUCGGUUUGCUCUGCGGCGGCAUUUUCUUCUUCUUCGGUCUAUUCAGGCUGGGCUGGAUCAUCGAGUUCAUACCCUAUAUCCCCAUCUCCGCGUUCGUCACCGCUGCCAGUGUAACUAUCAUCUCUACUCAGAUCCCGACAACGCUGGGAAUCACGGGAAUCAACGGCCAGGCGCCACCAUAUCGCGUCUUGAUCGACACUGCCAGGUUAUUACCGACUGCCAAGCUCGAUGCAGCAAUUGGGCUGUCCUCCAUUGUACUUCUUUUUGCGAUUCGAGAAUUCUGUUCUCACAUGGAGUCGAGGCAGCCAGCUCAUAAGCGAGCUUGGAAAUUCGCAUCAUCGCUGCGUCUUACAUUUACUAUCCUUCUCUUUACGCUUAUCAGCUUUCUUGUGCACGGUCGUGGGCCGCAAAUCAGCCCAAAGUUCCGUAUCGUGGGUCACAUAGAACGAGGCUUCCAGAAAAUUGGAGUGCCAAGGCCUAAAAUGUCGCUUAUCCAAAUGGUUCUUCCGGAGCUACCUGCUGUAGCCAUAAUACUGAUCAUCGAACAUAUUGCCAUUGCGAAAGCCAUGGGUAGACUUUACAACUACAGCAUUAACCCCUCGCAAGAAAUCGUCGCCCUAGGAGGUGCCAAUCUUCUGAGUCCUUUCAUGGGCGGGUACGUUUGCACUGGCUCCUUUGGCGCGUCCGCAGUGCUCUCGAAUGCUGGUGUUCGCACGCCCCUUGCUGGCGUGUUCAGUGCAUUGGUGCUGGUUCUGGCCCUUUAUGCGCUGACUGGGGUAUUCUUUUACAUCCCAAAGGCUGCACUUUCGGGACUCAUCAUCCAUGCCGUCUGCAACCUAAUCACACCCCCCAAAAGUUUGUACAAAUAUUGGCAGCUGUCGCCCCUGGAGCUGCUUAUCUGGGUGGCAUGUGUUGCAAUGGCAAUAUUCAUGUCUCUUGACUACUCAAUUUAUCUUGGCAUUGGCCUUUCCAUUGCGCUACUACUAGUCGGUAUUGCCAGAGCCAAAGGCGGUUUUGUUGGCGUGGCUCGCUCGCAGCGUGUACCACGAGAAGCCGAGGAUGCGGCAGCUGGGAUUGCAACGACUUCUAUGGCGACCAAGGAUGUCUUUUUGCAGUUUGACCGCCGCGACUCAUCUAACCCCGCCAUUCUACUGGAAAGCCCAUACCCGGGCGUCUUUGUGUACCGUGUGCACGACAGCUACACAUACAUCAACCAGGCACUGCAUGUGGACAUUUUACAGUCACACUUGAUGGAAAAUACUAAACGAACGUCCGACGAAGAAUAUGAACAUGAAUCGGACCGACCUUGGAACGAUCCAGGACCGCGCGACAAGCUUCUUUCACAGCAUCUGCCCUAUCUGCGCGCUUUGGUUCUCGACUUUGCGGCUGUUAACAACAUUGACAUCACUACUAUUCAGGGUCUGAUCGAUCUGCGGAACUUACUGGAUCGAUACGCGGCACCCGACACUGUUGAGUGGCAUUUUGCCAACGUCCAGAAUAGAUGGACUCGGAAAGCGCUAGCCACUGCGGGUUUCGGUUAUCCGACCUGUCAAAACCCGGAAGCAUUGGCGAAAUGGAAACCGUUAUAUUCCAUCGCUCCCAUCAGUGACACGCCGUUUUCCGCGCAUCUCGGCCACCACAGGCGACCUUUUGCGUCUACCAUUGACGAAGAAAACCAGACUCCUCCAAGUUUCUCCCAGUCUACCACACCGGGUGGAACUAGAGAGCAUACUACAAUAUCGGCAGUGGACCGACCAUUUUUUCAUCUCGACCUGUAUGACGCUGUGGAUGCAGCGGUGCGCGAUGCCCGUUGCAAAGACACAGACGGUAGCAUUUGA